GCGGAAGUAGAAAUCUCACAACAAUAAGUAAAUGACAAUUGGCCCGUUUGUGUGUGAUAAUCACGAUGUCAGACAGAAACAGAAAAGUAUUAUAUGAAAUACUUCAAAAGGACGGUAACAAGGAAUGUGCCGAUUGUAAAACAAAAGAGAAUGUAGACUGGGCAUCAUGUAACUUGGGCAUCUUCCUGUGUCAGGACUGUGCUGGCAUACACCGCAGUCUCGGGGUGGACCACAGUCGCGUCAAGUCCAUCAAACUCGACAACUGGGACGAUGAACAAGUGAAGAAAAUGGCAGAGGCAGGAAAUGAGAAUGUGAACAAGUAUUACGAGCAGCAUCUUCCAAAGUACUACAAACAACCGACCAAAAAUGAUAAAGAUGUAUUAAAGAUACAGUUUAUAAAAGCCAAAUAUGUGCGAAAAGAGUUCAUAUACCCGGACAAGCAGGCUCCAUACAGUGAGAACAAGAAAGAGGGCCAGCUGUUUAAGAAGGGAAGGGACCGGAGAGACUACCUUCCCAGGAAUUUCAUCGUGAAUUCUAAAGAAAACUGCAUACAAUACUACAACAAAAAUGAGCUGAUUGAUUCCAUUCCACUAGAUGAUGUGAAUGUGGUGUUAGCUCCGGAGAAAAUGGACGUGCCGAAUGGACUGCAGAUAAUCUUCACUCAAAACAGAAACACCAGAAACAUUUUUGUUGACUGUAAAGACCCCAAGGAGGCGGUAGACUGGUUUACAUCUAUCCGCAGUGCAAAACUGGAACGACGUCGACUUGCACAUCCUGCCAGCAGCGAGGAAGAGCUGGCUCAGGACCUAACUGUGGACUUUGCAUGUGAGGGGUGGCUGUCUAAACGGGGACCAAAGAAGGAACGAUACAGGCGGCGCUGGUUUACCUUGGACCGCAGAAAGUUGAUGUACUUCUCAGAACCUCUGGGUGCAGUACCUAAAGGGGAAGCCUAUAUUGGUCAUAGGGAUGCUGGCUUCUCUAUAGAAAACACAAACUCGUAUGGGAAGGUGGACCCCCUGGAGUUCAUAUUGAAAACCUCAGAGAGAGACUUUGACCUCAAGGCAGAAACAAUCGAUGACAAAGACCGUUGGAUUAACGUUCUGAACACCGUCAUCUCCACACCGCCAUCACCUGCUGAUAUCAGACGAUUUACGAUGAUGAAAUGUUAAAUACUUUGUACUCACACAUGAUUCGACGAUAAUCUGGUCUAUUGUAAUAGUGUAUGAGAGGCAGAUUCCAUCUGGAUAUUCCACGUUAGACAUUGCUAUCUGGACGAGAUUCUUUUAUUGUAGAUUGUUUAAAUUUCGCGAGAGUUUAAUUUUUGUGAUUUUUCUUGAUUUGAUUAUGCCAAUUUAAUAUUAAGAGCAAUAUUCAAUUACUUGUAGCUUUCAGUCAGAUUAAUGGUGUUUCAAAUAUUCAACCUCGCAAAAGUGGCCAAAACAAAAAUAAUCAUGAAAAAAGACUUUAGUGAAUUGAAAUCAAUCUACACUUACAUGGAACCCCAUACGUAUCGUCACAAUUUGUGCAAUUCAGUGUUACGCAAAAAAGAAUGUAUCGUGUAAAUUGAAAACUAUCAAGCAAAUUAUUGUAAUGUUGUUUUUUUCUGUUCAUUUAUAGUAUAUGUAGUUAUCAAAUUUGUUGAAAUAUUUUCUUGUUGUUUUACAAACAAAUAUGUUGAAAACAUAUUUUUAAAGUCAUUUAUUUCACUAAACUUAUUAGUUCUGUUUUCUUGGGUAUUUUUGUCAUUUUAUGUAAACGUUGUUGCUGGAGUAUUUAUUUUCUUUACCUACCAGUAGUGUAAAUAUCAAGAGGUUUUUUUUGUGCCAUUUUUUUCUUAAUUGAUGAUUUGAAAAAAAAUGUAUAUAAAUUUUAACUAAAUUUAACUUUAACUGAUUUUUAACUGCGUAAAGUUUGUUUUAAUUGGGGAACAAAGUCAAGACAUGUUCCUAAUUCCUUUAUAUUGUAGUUAUUAACUUACUUAGAUGUUUAUUGGGCAUUUUUGCAUUUAAAUUGCAGACACAAACACUGCAUAAUUGUUUAAUGUCAAUAUAGACUAACACCCCCAAUAGGGUAUUUUGUUUUAUUGGAGCAACUGAACAGGGUGAAAAGGGAUUAACCAGGGGCUAAUUUCCGGAGAAAUCUAAAUGUACCGGUAACAUGUGUUUAAACAAUUUCUUUGUCCAAAUUUUCAUACCGGGUAGUUGGUGACAAUUUCAUUCCUAUUCAAUUUUAUUAAAAUGAUUGACAUACUAUUAUUUACAUUGUAACUAUUUAUAACUAUCUUUACUUGCGAUUUCAAAACAUAUUGUUGUAAUCUUUUGGAAAACUAAAAGCCUAGUUUUAGGUUUUAUUUUAUAUUUAGUUCAAUGUUAUUGUAUAUAAAUUUAAUAUAUAAAUAAAUUGGGUUAUUUAAUAUAUUUACUGAAUCUGAAAGUUCAAUUGAAUUUGUGUAUUUAAUUUUUAUAGAAUAGUAUUCUUUUAAAAUGUUAUGUUAUACAUAUAAUCUCUUAUGUUGUAUAUUUUUAUUUGUACCCUGACUACAGUGUGGUUCGGGUCCAUAUCAUUUCUGUAAUAUGUGACAUCAUCAGCGAAAAUGUCUCCUGUGAAGGCAGUCAUUUUAUGUAGAAAGUACAAGACUAUCCAAAUAUCCAAAUGAAAAGAUUAUCUAAGUAAAAUGCUUUUUUUUUAAAUUAUUACAAUGUGAAGAUUUGAAAUAGAGAACAUUUUGAAAUGUAUUUAAAAAAAUUUGUAACUGCCAGCUUUCGAGUCAUGAUUUUUAUACGCUUCACUUUAAUCCCCACAUUGCGGAAGACGUCACAUUCAAUUUUUGCACAUUCCAAAUAAAAAACAUUUCAGCUGUAUAAGAAGCCUAGCUGAAUCAUUAGUGAUGCUAGAGAUAUGGGCCUUGUGUACAAUUCAUGCACCAAGUUUUAAUUUUGAACAAUUUUUGAGUUAUGGCAAAGGUGAACAAAUUUUGUAUGGCUAGGCUGUGAGGUUUUCUGGACCUUUUUUUUAAAAAUUGAGUAAAUAAAAAUGUUUAAACAUUUUGUUAUUGAUUCAUGAUGUGCUGUAUGUACUUGUUAUAGUAAAUAAAUUUAAUUGUUUCCAUUUAAAUAAUUUAAUUUGGAUAAAAUUUGAAAUAUGAUAUGAUAUAGGCUAUUACUAUUGGCAGAGCUCUGCAGGGACUCCUCAUGUUUUUGGACCAAAAAUGUUUUUUUCAGUAAUUCAUCUGAAAACAAUCAUUUUAUGAUUAUUUAAUUAUAUUAAAAUUGAAGGAAAAAAUCAAUUAAAGUUUGAAAGAAGUAUUUAAUUUUACUGAGGUGUGAACCAAUGAUGGUAAAAUUGACGGUGUACAUUGUGAACAUCACAUGAUAAUGUCAAUCAACCAAUCAUGCAACAGUGGAAUCACUCAAUGCUGUUUAAUAGGCGAUUGAAAAUUUUGGUCUUUAAAGACAAUAUUUAAGUAAAUAUCAACAUUUUACAAACCAUGAUGUUUCUAAGGUUACUUUUUUCUUGCCUAAGCUUGGUGUUUUUUCUCUCCAUGUUGUAAGAUAUUGUUUGCCGUUUAUUAUACAAGUCUUCCAUUGUAAAAAAUAUAGUUAUACACUAUGUGAACAUGCUUGUUUAAAUCUUUCUUACUUUUAAACCUUAACAUUUGUACGAGUUAUAUUAUUUAUUUAUCAUUUAUAUUUGGUCGUCCCAAAAUAAUGUAUAAUUGUUAUAGGUAGACAUAAUUUAAAAACAUAAUGAAACAACUGUUAUUUGAUAUGAUCCCUUUCAGAAAAUGCUAAAAAAAUCAUGGCUGUUAAUUCAAAUUUUAACUUUUUAUAGAAAUUUGAAAGACAUGAUAUGUUGUUUUAAUUGUUAAUAAUAUGUUGCGUUCAAUGUUUUAUUACAGAACAAUGGGCCUUAAUGUCACUAAACACCAUCUUUUAAUUAAAUUUAAAUUGGUAUGGUCCCCAAAAUAUUUAAUAGCAUAAUGCUGCAUGAAGUUAUCCCAAGACAGCCUUAUGUGACUAAAAGUUUAUAAUGUUGUACUAGGUAAGUCUGAAACAAAGUUUAAUACACAUGAGAAGUAAAGAAAUUUCUAAUAAAUGUGAGCCAGUAUGCUAUAAAUGCUUUUAAAUAUCAUAUUUUAAGCAACAAAAGUCUUAGAAAUCUAUCAUGAAACUAACCGGAUAGUUCUUCUUAAUAUAAAUGUUAAUAAACGAGGCAGUUUUUAAAAGUAUAUCUUACAGGGGAAAAAAGUAUGCUAUAUUGGGCCAACCCUAGUAUAUUUCUUUUUUAUUGUGAGUGUUUUUAUACAAUUGUUUAAACAAAUUUAAAUUACAUCUUCAUGUCUGUUUUCUAACAUGAGAAUUUCUCAUGGAAUUGUCACAAUGUUUAUGGACACAAUAUCAAAUUUAGUACACAAAAGUCCAGAAAGAUUGCAUAAGGCACUCAAGAGUGAUGGCCCUUUUUUAUAAAAAAAAGUCCAAGGACGCAAUAUAUUUAAUUAUCAAAAUUCUAGUUAUGUAAUAAAUUUUGUUUAGUGUUUCAUUUUAAGGCCUAUUUUUUCUGCCUGUGUCAUAUCAAUUCUAGUUUAUUAACUCAAAAAUAAGUGAUGAUUAGUUGAUUAGACUGUAGAGGAUUUUUAAUGGUCUAGAUCAUUUAGAACAUGGCUUGUGCAAUUCUAGAAAAAAAACAUUUGUAAUUCUCUUAUUUACAGGUAAGAUGACACAAUUAACAGUUGUUCAGUUUAGCUCAGUACUGUCACCUGUGGUUGUAUUCAAUAUCGUUCUUAUCCUUGUCCUUAGACCCAACUUAGUGAUUCCAUUCAGUCCAGAUUCAAAUUUUAAAAUUAAGUGAAAUUGAAGGAGGUUAUUGAAUACAGCCCCUGUGGUGCUGUUUUACCAUAAAAAUUGGUGUGGUUCUUGUCAUGUGCUGCUGAAGAUGAAAACUAAGUUACCAUAUAAUAAAGAACCAAGUGUCUCUAAGAAAACCAGUUUUAAACACAAGCUUGCUUAAUCGGUAUUGUCACGGUGAAUUGGCUUGACUUGAUCCCAUAAAAACAUGAAAUCUUCUAUGCAGCUAUGAAUGCUUAACCAAAAUGAUUCGUAAAUUAUUCAUCGUUGUUCUUACACAUUGUUUUUGUUAUGUAUUUUGUAUGCAUGUUUAAUUGAUACAUAAUCAAAUUGAAUGAAUUUUGUUUGACUAUUUCUUAGCCUUUACACCUUUACAUCUAAAAUAAUUAUUUGUCAUAUUGCAAAUGAUGAUAUUGCAUUAAACAAAUUA